AACGAACCAAAAACAAUGGCUUCCAAUUCCAAAUCGGUGACGUUUCUGCAGCGAUACGGUUACGAUUUUCUGUUGGGAUCAAUCGCUGCUUUCUACGUACUCACUGUGCCUUACACUAAGGUCGAAGAGAGUUUCAAUGUUCAGGCAAUGCACGAUAUUCUCUAUCACCGGCUUAACUUAGAUAAUUAUGAUCAUCUGGAAUUUCCUGGUGUGGUUCCUCGCACUUUCAUUGGUGCUUUGCUUGUAUCAAUUGUUGCAGCUCCGUUUGUGUUCACUGCCAGUUUGCUGCAUUUGCCAAAGUUUUAUGCUCUUAUCAUAGUUCGGAUGGCCUUAGGGUGUAUCAUACUGUAUACACUAAGAUUCUUUCGACAUCAGAUAAGGAAUAUAUUUGGGCAUCAAGUCGAAGCCUUCUUUGUGAUAUUAACUGCAAUUCAGUUUCAUUUUCUGUUCUAUUGUACUCGUCCACUUCCUAACAUUCUUGCUCUGGGUAUAGUAAAUUUGGCAUAUGGAUAUUGGUUUGAGGGGCGAUUUUAUGCAGCUCUAAACUCUCUGAUUUUUGCGACAACUGUAUUCAGAUGUGACAUGCUGUUGCUUCUUUGUCCCAUUGGGCUGCAAUUUCUUUUGACAAAAAAAAUAUCACUAUGGGGUGCUCUAAAACACUGCACUGGGAUGGCCUUCUUCUGCAUAGGUCUGACCAUAUUGGUAGAUUCAAUUAUGUGGAAAAGGUUAUUGUGGCCUGAAUUUGAAGUCUUUUGGUUCAACUCUGUGCUAAACAAGAGUUCUGAAUGGGGGACACAUGCUUUCCAUUGGUACUUCACCUCAGCACUGCCUCGUUCUCUGCUUGCUGCAUAUCCUCUGUCACUGUUUGGCCUCUUUGUAGACAGAAGGGUACGGUCUUACGCUUUCCCAGUUCUUGCCUUUAUUUUGCUUUAUUCUAAGCUUCCUCACAAGGAACUUCGAUUUAUCAUAAGUUCUGUUCCAAUAUUUAACUUAUCUGCUUCAGUUGCAUCUAAUAGAAUCUACAACAAUAAGAAAAAGAUGAUGUGGAACUUGCUUUUCCUCAUUUUGUUGGCAUUACUUGUAAUGAGUCUUGCAGUCACUGUCACAACUUUCAUGGCAUCAUACUGGAACUAUCCUAGUGGUAAUGCCUUAAAACAAUUGCACGGAAUUGGUUUUUAUAAUGAUACAAAUGAACAGUGGGUUCACAUUGAUACAUUUUCAGCCAUGAAUGGGAUAUCUCGCUUUUGCGAAAGUGAUUUCCCGUGGAGGUAUUCUAAAGAAGAAGAAAUUAACUUGCAAGAUUUUAAGCAAAGAAAUUUUACUUUUCUUAUAAAUGAACAUCCUGUGAUCAAUGGAUUCAAAUGUCUAUUUACUGAAGAGGGGUUCUCAAGAGUCCGUUUUACAUUUGGCUUUCCACCGAUGUUACUGGUUAAAGAGCCCAAAGUGUAUGUCCAUGGAAAUUUAGAAAACAAGGGUGUUAUCAACAAAAGUUUGCCUGGCUGCCCCUAAUCCUUUGUCUAGUACCAGUCUUUGAAAUUAAUCAUGUUUGAAGGGUGUUUGUCUCCGUUUUUUUUCUCAGUGGAUCCAUGGGGAGUGGGAGAGCGAGUUUGAGUAAAGUUGAAAUUAUCACUAUUACUAACAGUUGCUUGUCUUCAGUAGUCGAUGAGA